ACUGGAUCGCCUCUCGGGCGGUAUGGAGGAGCUGGGCACAUACCUGUCGCACGGCGGCCCGGCCGGAUGCCUGGGAUACGGCGAGACCAUCUCUCCGCACACCUCCCCGGACUCACGCUGCAUCCUCUGUGACUCGUACAUCACGAGCGCCGCCGAGCCGCCCACCGGUGUUGACAUCAACGGCUUCCGGCUGCCGAGCACCCAGGAGACUCUGGCAGAGAAGCUGGAGACGGUGGUGCACCCCGGCUGCGGCACCUCGCUGCACGCAGCCGCUCACCACUGGCAGAUGAAGUUUAUCUGCAUGUCGUGCUCCGCCGUGGUGAUGACACUGGACUCGUACGAGACCAAGAUUCUCGAAAUCCGAGAGGAGAUAAAGCGCAAGUUCCUCGACAUGAUGAAGAUCCGGGCUGAAAAGUACGGCCAGUUGCAGCCGCCGCCGCCCCCGACCCAGGCGGCCUCUCGUGUGGUACCGCGAGUGAAACGUGAGCCGGGCGACGACACGGCCGCCGCCGCCACGGAUGACCCCAGCGAGCGACUCGAGUGUGAGGUGGAGCUGCACGAGAGCUCUACCGGCAGCACGGACGGGUCACCCCGCGACGAGCUCACGUGUGGCGUCUGUCACAAGCAGUUCCGCAACAAGUACAACCUGAAGCGACACAGCACCGUGCACGCCGGCGUGAAACCGUUCAACUGCCAGUUCUGCACGCGUGCCUUCCGCCAGAAGGAUCACCUGAAGACACACACCCGGUCGGGCCCCUCGGCGGCGCCGCUGCAGUGCGCGCCGUGCGGCCUGACGUUCCCGUGCUUCACGCUGUUCUCGGAGCACCGACAGCAGUACCACAGCGAGGCGGGAGACAACGCCUGCAAGCACUGCGAGUUUGUGUUCACGACAGCCACCGAGCUGCGCCGCCACUGCCGCCAGCAGCACCCGCAUCCGGUCAAACAGGAGUUCCGGUGCUCCCUCUGCGGCCGGGAGUUCCCUAACGGCUUCAACCUGCGCCGCCACCACCUGACCCACUCGGGGGAGAGGCCGUUCGGGUGCGAUGUGUGCGGGAAGAGGUUCACGCAGCCGUCGAUUCUGAAGAAGCACUCGAAGGUUCAUGAGAAGAAGCUGCCCGGGAUGAAGGACCUCAUCACCACCAUGUGAGCGGGUCAUAACGGUGGGCGGCUCGGCAGGGUUUACAAACGGGCGGCCGCGGCGGUGGCGCCGCCUAGGAACAGGACAGGGAACUGAUGUGGAACGCAGGCAGCAAGCGGUGGAUGGAGCUUAGUGGGUCUUUUUCUCGAGCUGCGUCUCUCGGUGUAGGAGGUUGUGGGACAUUGUAGUGAAUCUUGCGACUCGGGACUCUGAGUCGGAACUGGCGGACCCCGCUUUGUCGUCUGGUCGUAGUAGAAUGCUGGACUGGAGUUUCGAAUCGGCGACGCGGGGUGUCGCCCCUGUUUUGAGGCUUCCAGCAGACGAAACUGGGACCUUGGGCGCAAACUAACGAAUCGCGCAAAAUUAUUUGGUUGGUAUAUGUGCGGCCAGUAGUUGGUGUCAAGAAUUGCUAGCAUAUUUCAUGGCCACGUACCCUCUUUUCUACCCAAGUACCUUGAUGUUUAUGGAACUUGUUUGGUGAUUUAACAUUGAAUGCAUAUUUUUAAAUUGUUAAGCACACCUCAGUAACGUACAAAUAUUUGAUGAUUUGCAUUGAUAGGACAAUAUUGGUAUGAUAUUUUUCGGCAACGAUAGUGAUGCUCGUUUUUGGGCAUUCUUUUUCAAAAUACCCUCUCAUGAAAUCAAUUAUUGGCUCUGACCUAACCUAAUUAUCCGGUGGUCAUAGAAGCAAUCCAACCAGUGUAGGAGGCGCCAGACUCUGCGUAUUGUAUAUUUACGUUUACAGUAUUUUUGUUUUUGUUAUUUGUUAUCAGAGAGGCGUGCCAGUAUGUGUGUAAAUCCUGUGUCCUCUCACUAUCGAACCAGUAGGUGAUAUGCUCAGUUUGUCUUUUUCUCUCGGUGGCAGCUCGGUCGUUUGGAGUGGAGAGAGUCACCAUUCGUACCUGUCUGGUAGCCUCUACUGGAUCUCCCUACGGGGUCUCACACUGCCCUCUGGGCAUCACUCGUUGCCAAACGGCGAAUCUCGCCCCCGCCUGCUGGGGUCGUGGGGCGUUCCGAUAGUGGUGCAGGGCUUGCCGUGUAUGUGGAUAGGGCAAAGUGCGGUGGUCUGCCUCCAGUAGGGAGAGGAUGGCGUCGAGAGCGGUGGCUGAGACCAAUCACGCGCCUUCUCAGCGCGCUGAAUGUACAAGCUCUUGUGUGCCCGGUAGCUGUCGUUUCUAAGGGUUCUGAAAGUCUGUCGUGCAAAGGUAAAAGGGCGUAAGUUGCGGAAGAACUUGGUAGAUAUUCGACAUGUGAGGGAUUUUGAGAUAAUUUUUGUGUGCAUUCUUCUAGCCUUUGCACGACAGACAUCUUUCGUUGUUUUAUGACCGGAAUUGUUGCCGGUGAAUACUCCUCAUGACCUGCUUUUGCGUUGGCUUUAUUUUUAACUUAUUAUUGUAUUUUACAGAUGUGUGCGUACGUAAAAAAGGCGUGCGAGUGAGUGGAGAGAAUGUGUAGUUCAUUUGUUAUUGAGAGCACAUAGAAAGAGACAAUAAAUAGAUUAUUACAGUGAA